CAACGCAGCCGAACUCUCCUAACCUCAGUUUAUAUCUCCUCUCCGCUAUGGACGUGUAACAUGUAACUAUUUUUUUAAAAAACAUGUGAACUAUGUGCAAAAACGAUUCCAUGAAUGAAACUCCCGGUUAUUCGUCGUAGUUUUUCGUUCAUGACUAUGCUGCAUCGUUCACGUGACCGUUCGUCUCUUGUUUUCGUUAGUACAGGUGUCGUCUUCUGUAUAUGGCCGUUCGUACCUGUGCUCAGGCAUUUCGUUUUCAACCCCCUUUUGUGCGCGAGUGGUUAGUUUUGUUGGAUUUUCGUCGAAAUGCACGAGAAAAACGGAAACAAUCCUCCGAAACAAAAGACGGUUGCCAUCGUCGCGCCUACUCGCAGCAACAGCUUGGAUUACUUGAAUUUUGAAGAAAAGCGACGUUUGAUAGCCUCUUCUUUAUCCUUGUCGGAUUUCCUGAGUGUGGGAAAUGCUGAUGGUAAGGAGCUGAAGGAGUUGAAGGAUGGCGUUACAACCGUUUUUGUUGCCAAAAAACAAAAUGGAUCGGCGUUCCGAACAAACAGCCUCGGGAGCGGAACGAGGAGUCCACCGGCAGAAAGAAAAAGCAAGUUUUCGAUAGGAAAAUUAUUGAGGCCGUGGAAAUGGAAACGGAAACGGAAAUCGGAUAGACUUGAAGCAGUUUCUAGAACCUUAGAAAGAAAAAUAUCAGUCCGAGCCAAUAGAGACGACCUGGUAUUGAAAGGAAUACUUUUACCAGAAAGUCCGUUAUCACCCCCCAAAUCCGAGCCAGGUGAAACUGUUCCAUCCCCCUUCCCUCCGAGCGGCGUCCAGCAAGUACCAGGCGGCGGUAACGGGAGUUGCCAAACCCCCACACAAGGAGGUGGUGGUCCCCAACCACCCCCGCCGCCAUAUCCUUCCCUCCCGCCACACUCGCACAUGCCGCCCAUGAACCAUGCUCUGCUGCAGCAACAACUUCUACAGAAUCCGCACUUCGCACAGGCCAAUGCCAAUAACAGUAGUAGUCCCGGUGAGUUCAUGUCAAAGGUUAAUUUAAUUUGAUGGACAAA